GCUUCUCAAGUUCAGCAAGGUUGGUUAAGUGCUGCCAUGUGCUAAGGCUAGAGCUCUCUAAGAAACAAUAUCGUGGCAGCAGCUCUGAAUUGGCGAAGAGAGAGAGAAAGACUAGGAUGGAAGCAAAAAUGUUAUUAAGAGGACAGUUGUCUCGACCAGAACAGAACUGGCCGUUUUGUGGUAGCCCCGAACUUCUAUUUUAUAAUUAAUAUUUCAAGCUUCUGAGAGUGACGGGAUUGUUCCAUCUGGUAAAGGCAGUAAAUGUAGAGUCAAAAGUCCUCUCGAGAGACAACCCAUGUGCUAUUAAAUCUGUUGAAAGGGAGGCACUUAGUUCAACAAAUUAAUUGUUUUGAGAAUCUCUGGGAGGAAAGACCUUUUAAAAGAGCUGUUCUCCUGGUCUCUCCAGCAGCAUCUAACAAGAGCUUACAAGUACCCAGGUGGAGUGUGUAGCAGGAAAGCCAGGUUACUCUAGGGUAGCUGAAAAUUAGGAGUUUGACAGCACCUUCUCUGACUACCUUAUUAAAAGGCAGAAGCUUUGGUGAUGCGUCUGAUGAAGCGAGCUGCAGUUCAGAAAGCUGAUGCCUUCUAGUAAAAUUGGCUAGUUGGAAAAGGGGCUACCAGACACCUUCUGAUUUCAGGCAGAAUAAUGUAGAACACAAAGGGGUUGGUUGAUGGGGGUGCUAAAAAGUCAUCAGCUCCCGUUCUGUGUAUAGACUUUCAGGGCAUUCCUGCCUCCCUUUACUUGAAGGCCACAUAAUGAAGAUUUCAGCAUGGAUUCAUCGCUCUCACAGGUCGAAGUGGAGUUUUACGUGAACGAGAACACAUUUAAAGAACGCCUCAAGCUAUUCUUCAUCAAAAACCAACGAUCAAGCCUGAGGAUACGUCUGUUCAACUUCUCCCUCAAGCUUCUCACUUGCCUUCUUUAUAUUGUCCGCGUUCUGCUUGAUGACCCAGGACGGAUAGGAUGCUGGGAAUGUGAGAAGCACAACUACUCCUCCUUCAAUCAGUCAUCACCAGAAAUCAACUGGGCUCCCAUUUUGUGGGUGGAUCGAAACAAGCCAUUGUGGGCAAUACAAGUCAGUGUGGCCAUCAUCAGCUUUCUUGAGACAAUGCUUCUGAUCUACCUCAGCUAUAAGGGUAACAUUUGUGAGCAGAUCUUUCGUGUUUCCUUCAUCCUUGAAAUGAUCAACACUGUGCCCUUUAUUAUCACAAUAUUUUGGCCACCUUUACGGAAUUUAUUUAUUCCCGUGUUCCUGAAUUGCUGGUUGGCGAAGUAUGCUUUGGAAAACAUGAUAAAUGACUUGCAUCGAGCAAUACAACGGACCCAGUCUGCCAUGUUCAACCAAGUGCUCAUUUUAAUUUGUACCCUGCUUUGUCUUGUUUUCACUGGAACCUGUGGGAUUCAGCACUUAGAAAGAGCAGGGGAAAACCUCUCCCUCUUCAAGUCCUUUUAUUUUUGCAUCGUGACGUUCUCAACCGUCGGCUAUGGAGAUGUGACCCCCAAGAUCUGGCCUUCUCAGCUCCUGGUGGUGAUCAUGAUAUGUGUGGCCCUUGUGGUCUUGCCUCUGCAGUUUGAAGAGCUGGUGUACCUUUGGAUGGAACGGCAGAAGUCGGGAGGAAACUAUAGUCGCCACCGGGCACAGACGGAGAAGCAUGUUGUGCUUUGUGUCAGCUCCCUCAAGAUAGAUCUGCUCAUGGAUUUCCUCAAUGAGUUCUAUGCUCAUCCGAGGCUGCAGGAUUAUUAUGUGGUCAUCCUUUGCCCUACAGAAAUGGAUAUUCAGGUACGCCGAGUGCUUCAGAUUCCCUUGUGGUCCCAGCGGGUGAUCUACCUCCAGGGAUCUGCCCUGAAAGAUCAGGAUCUCAUGAGAGCAAAGAUGGACAAUGGAGAAGCUUGUUUUAUUUUGAGCAGUCGAAAUGAAGUGGACCGCACAGCUGCAGAUCAUCAAACGAUCCUAAGAGCUUGGGCAGUGAAAGAUUUUGCUCCUAACUGUCCCCUCUACGUUCAGAUUUUGAAACCGGAGAAUAAAUUUCACGUCAAGUUUGCAGAUCACGUGGUGUGCGAAGAGGAGUGCAAAUACGCCAUGCUGGCAUUGAACUGUGUCUGCCCAGCUACCUCCACACUUAUCACCCUUCUUGUCCACACUUCCAGAGGGCAGGAAGGCCAGGAGUCACCAGAGCAGUGGCAAAGGAUGUAUGGGCGCUGCUCGGGCAAUGAGGUUUACCACAUCCGCAUGGGUGACAGCAAGUUUUUCAUGGAGUAUGAGGGAAAGAGCUUUACCUACGCGUCCUUCCACGCUCACAAAAAAUAUGGUGUUUGCUUGAUGGGUGUGAGAAGGGAGGAGAAUAAAAGCAUCCUCCUCAACCCAGGACCGCGUCACAUCAUGACUGCAUCGGACACAUGCUUCUACAUCAACAUCACCAAGGAGGAGAACUCUGCCUUCAUAUUCAAGCAGGAAGAGAAGCAGAAACAGAAACUCUUUUUAGGCAAAGGGAUCUAUGAUGGGCCAUCAAGAUUGCCAGUCCAUAGCAUCAUUGCUAGCAUGGGCACUGUGGCCAUGGACCUGCAGAACACAGAAUGCCGCCCCGUCCACACCUCCAAGUUGACGUUGCCAGCUGAGAACGGGUCUGGGAAAAGGAGGCCCAGCAUUGCCCCCGUUCUGGAGGUGGCCGACACUUCCUCUCUUUUACCAUGCGACAUGCUCAGCGACCAGUCUGAGGAUGAGGUGACUCAGUCAGAUGAUGAUGGCUUGACCAUUACAGAGUAUGUGAAAGGGUACCCUCCCAACUCACCUUAUAUUGGAAGUUCUCCUACCCUCUGCCACCUUUUGCCCAUCAAGGCACCUUUCUGUUGCUUGCGUCUGGACAAGGGCUGCAAGCACAAUAGUUACGAAGAUGCCAAGGCCUAUGGCUUUAAGAACAAGUUGAUCAUUGUGUCUGCUGAGACUGCGGGCAACGGCUUGUAUAAUUUUAUUGUCCCUCUCCGGGCGUAUUAUCGGUCACGGAAGGAGUUGAAUCCCAUCGUGCUGUUGCUGGACAACAAACCAGACCAUCACUUCUUGGAAGCCAUCUGUUGUUUCCCAAUGGUUUAUUACAUGGAAGGUACAAUCGAUAACCUUGAUAGCUUGCUGCAGUGCGGCAUUAUUUACGCUGACAAUUUGGUGGUAGUAGAUAAAGAAAGCACCAUGAGUGCAGAGGAAGAUUACAUGGCAGAUGCCAAGACUAUCGUCAACGUCCAGACCAUGUUCAGGCUUUUUCCAAGUCUGAGUAUCAUUACUGAAUUGACCCAUCCAUCAAAUAUGAGGUUUAUGCAAUUCCGGGCAAAGGACAGCUACUCAUUGGCCCUUUCCAAACUGGAGAAGAAAGAGCGAGAGAAUGGCUCCAACUUGGCUUUCAUGUUCCGCCUCCCGUUUGCCGCUGGCCGGGUUUUCAGCAUCAGCAUGUUAGAUACGCUCCUUUACCAGUCCUUUGUGAAAGAUUAUAUGAUCACCAUCACAAGAUUAUUACUCGGUCUGGACACAACUCCUGGGUCUGGUUAUCUCUGUGCAAUGAAAAUCACAGAAGACGACCUCUGGAUCCGAUCCUACGGACGUCUCUUUCAGAAGCUGUGUUCUUCCAGCGCGGAGAUUCCCAUUGGCAUUUACAGAACUGAAUCCCACAUGUUUUCCACCACUGAUCCUCAUGAUAUCAGAACACAGUCACAGAUUUCAAUCAAUGUGGAAGACUGCGAAGACAUCAAGGAAGGGAAGGAGCCCUGGAAUGCCAAACCACACCACCAUCACCGGAAUUCGUGUCCCGCGGACCAAACGGAGCACCCGCUUCUCCGGAGGAAAAGCAUGCAGUGGGCUCGACGUCUGAGCCGAAAAGGAGCCAACAAGCAGACAGCAAAAACAGCCGAAUGGAUCAACCAGCAGAGACUGAACCUCUACCGGCGAUCGGAAAGGCAGGAGCUGUCUGAGCUUGUGAAGAAUCGCAUGAAACACCUGGGCUUGCCCACAACAGGGUACGAUGAGAUGAACGAUCACCAAAAUACACUCUCCUAUGUUCUCAUCAAUCCUCCUCCGGACACGCGGCUAGAACUCAACGAUAUAGUGUAUUUAAUACGGCCUGACCCCCUAGCACAUGUGGAAAAUGAAGGUCACAGUCGAAAGAGCAGCUGUAGUAAGAAUCCGAACCCCGAAACUCGAGAUGAGACACAGCUCUGAGCUGCUCCCUCUUCCUGCACGGAAUACAUCUCCUUGUUCAUGCAUGGAACUACAUCACAAUUAUCAAUAAACUUAGCAGAAGGGGAAGAAGGAUGACAUCCACUGGACUUUGCCUUGAGCAGGUUAAAAAGAUGACUGUUCAGCUGGACCCUGGAUUCAGGAUCUGCACAGCUGAUAUGAAUGACCCCGUUCCCGGUCUGGUUCUGGGUUCUUCUCCAAAAGGCCUCCAAGUGGCUGGAGUAGUCUAGAACAAAAGAGAACUCAGCUCCUCUUGUUGAUGGACGAUUCGUACGCCACUUGGUUUUAACCUUUUCUAUUGUUAUUUCAGAGGGAUUGUUGGGGUGGGGGAAAACAAUUAAAAAUGUACCACAAGUUGUGAAAAUGUCUUCAUUGGCAUAAACCACAGGGGCUUGCAUGUGACUCCUGUGACAUAGUAGAAGCCUCAUCCAUCUGGUUCAGAAGCAAGACCAAGCUCAGCAAAGCAGAAGAAUGACAAGACUUAGAGCCUCUGUUCACACAGCACAGUUCACGAGGUCAGUGGCAAAACGAAGUGGCGGCAUUCACAUGGCACGAUAGGUUUGGUUCAUUUCAUUUUUCGGUAAUAUGUCCCCAUGUGCACAUGGAGCCCACCUGGUGACUUUAUGAUUCAUAAAGUCUCAUGCAACCUCAGUUAAAUGAAUUAGUUCA